AGCUCUUCGGAAUCGGAGGUUCUCUGAGUAGUCUGCGCUCCGGUAUCUGCUCCGCCGUGCUGUACAUGGCUAAGCCGCCCAAACCCGGCCGUCGUACCCUUGAUUCCUACACCAUUAAGCGAAUAGGAAAAACUAUAUGCCGAUAGGGACAAGGUGCGUAAAAGUUGCUUGUUUAGUGGGAGAUGAUGUUGAGUUGAUUAUUUGUCCGUGCAGCCGGAGACUGUGUUUUGAUGAGACCUGCAGACUCGUCGAAUCCGUCGUACGUGGCGCGUGUGGAGAAGAUCGAGGCGGGAAGCCGUGGCACGAAUGUUAGGAUCCACGUCAGGUGGUAUUACCGACCGGAAGAGUCCAUCGGAGGACGACGUCCGUUUCACGGCUCCAAGGAAUUGUUUUUGUCUGAUCAUUUUGAUGUUCAGAGUGCAGAUACGAUAGAAGGGAAGUGUACGGUACACAGCUUCAAGAACUACGCCAAACUUGAUGCCGUGGAGAACGACGACUUUUUCUGCCGUUUCGAGUACAAUUCGAUCAGUGGUGCCUUCAAUCCGGAUAGAGUCGCUGUGUACUGUAAGUGUGAGAUGCCUCAUAAUCCUGAUGAACUUAUGGUUCAGUGUGAAGGAUGCACUGACUGGUUUCAUCCAACUUGUAUGGACAUAACCCCAGAGGAAGCCGAAAGUCUAGAUCACUUUUACUGUCAUACUUGUUCCUCCGAGGAUCAGAACAAAUUAAAUGAUUCUCAUGCCUCUACCAGAUUUGCUGAGGGGGAAACAAAGCGCCGUCGCAGGGGUUAAAUUUGGUGGCCCGAAAUGUGUGGAUGGAUCUGUAAAUGCUAACAAACAGCGAGGCUGUCAUGAGAGGGCUACGUAUGCAUAUAUAUAUAUAUAUAGGAAGUAACCGGAGAGGAUUAAUGUCCUUUGUAUAUUUGGUGUGAAGAGUAGAGUUGUCUGUCCUUUACAUGGUUUAAGGAUGAGGCGUGUUUGUGCUUAGGCUGGCUGUUGUGUUGCAACAACUCUAUAUUUAUAUGUAGUUUGUUGUAACUUUGUAUCCAACUGAUAAUAAAUAUUAGUACUACAUUGCAUUUUAAGUCA